GUUGCCUCAUCAGCAAAAUAUUCGCACAGCAGUAGCGUCUAGAAAUUGAUGAUCAGUAUUUCAUUGUUCACGGGGACUCCCCCACCCAUAUAUUAUUCUAUCAUUGCGACGAAUAGAUCAGUCCAUUAUCAUACGGUUGCAUCACAGGUUAGAGUUGUCCCGGGGAUCAUCUUAUCUCAAAUCAAUGACUGAAGCACUUAGUUCAAUGAACGACACAUGGACUUCGUCUCUUCAUUCUGUUUUGGCUCUGUGAAUUUGUUUCUAACUGUGCACGAACUGUGCUAUUUUAUCCACUGUGGUAUUCGGCUGAGCCGUGAGAAAACCGCAGCAGGAGGAUCACACCAACCGUUCGAGUGGGUUUUAGCACACUCUGUCCUGAUUACACUUUAAUGAGUUGGGCACGAAACUCAUGCAUAUGAGAGACUUCACUCGGCAUUCACUGGCCGCAUUUGUGAAAGGAAUCCAGCGCCCAAACCUCGGAGUUCUUGUGAUUUUACUGUUGGCUAGCGUACUGCCUAAAACUCGGGCCACGGGAAUGUUCGAAGUCCGUUUCUUGGACUACACAAAUCCCGGAAACAGAAACGGGCAGAAGACCUGUUGUAGCGGUGUAGAGACGGGAGGGAGCUGUUCUUCUCCUUGCAGCACCUUCUUCAGAGUGUGUCUACGGCCCCUAACUCACACAGGGUCCUCUUGUCCGUUUGGGCAGGAAACUUCGGAUGUUUUGGGAAGUGGCUCCUUCGUAAUCCCGUCGAACAGUCUGUUGCAGAUACCUUGGCCUAAUACACUGCAGUCAUGGCCUGGGUCAUUCUCUUUACUCGUGGAAGCAAGACACCGUCAAGGUCCAAACUCGUCAAUUUUAAUCGAGCAAGGUGUGGUCACGAGGCAAUCCCUGCUACCUGGCCCACAGUGGCACAACAGGAGCCACGUGGGAGUGGUGGCAAACAUAACUUUCUCGUACCGCGUGAAAUGCCAGCAGAACUAUUACGGUGACUCCUGCACAACACUCUGUAUUCCGCGCGAUGAUCAUCUCGGCCACUACUCGUGCGACAGCGAUGGAAGUAAAGUUUGUAACCCAGGAUGGUCUGGAAGUUACUGUGAUACAGCUGUUUGUCCAGGAUGCGACCUCACUCACGCUAUAUGCUCACGACCUAACCAUUGCAGUUGUCAGUCCGGCUGGCUUGGACAAAAUUGUACAGAAUGUGAAAGGUACCCGGGAUGCCUCCACGGCACCUGUAAUAAGCCUUGGGAAUGUAAUUGUAUUAAAGGCUGGGGCGGAAAGUCCUGUGAUCUUGAUUUAGAAUUAUGUGCGCGUGAGCAACCUUGCAAGAACGGGGGAACAUGUUCAAAUAGUGGGCCAAGCCUUUACCGCUGUACUUGCAGGAAGGGUUACACUGGAAGUAACUGUGACACAGAAAUAGAUGAAUGUUCAAGCAAUCCAUGCUACAAUGGAGGAACUUGCACGGAUCUUAUCGGAGACUUCAAUUGUUCGUGCCCAGACGGAUACAGCGGGAAGCAGUGCUACCCAGACUGUGUGCCAGGCGCGUGCAAAAAUGGUGGCACGUGCGUUAAUGGUAUCCGAGGCUAUUCGUGCGUUUGUUCGUCCGGAUUUACCGGAAGCGCGUGCGAACAGGCCAUAACAACGACUCCGGCGCCUACAACAAGUACAAGCCCCAAGACAAAGGUUAAAACUACUCCAAAAAACACUGGGGAAACUACUUUUCAAACUGCACAAGAAACUACACCGGAAUCUGUCACAACGACUACUUGGGAAAGUACAACAAACACAUCCCUUAAUGGGACGACGACAGAGCCACAAGGAAACGGAAUGAUGGGGGAACCCUUUAAUUCCGAGUCUGGAAAAGGUGUCAUAGACAGGACUACCAUGAUAAUUGUGAUUGUUGCCUCUGUGCUUGUUUUCCUCGCUUUAUUUGUCGGUUGCGUCGCCUGGAGAUUCUGGAGAAAGCGCAGGCGUGCGUCGCAGAACGCCACCGGACAAGUAGAAGGAGUGCAUUCACAUGCUAAUCCAAAACAUAUAGACAUAGAGGACCCUGAUCCUAAACAUCGUACGGGCACGAAAUCGGGCAACCCUGAAAUAAUUAGAAACUUUGUCGCCUCGAAACGGAACGAAAAGAAUACAAAUAAAACGCAAGACAUUACUGCAGAGGAAAAGCUUCCAGAAGGAACAAAAUCUAAAGAAAUUGCCAGGGGGUCGUUGGAAUUAUCAGAUAUAACAACAACGACAACAACGGCGCGAUCUUCAACGAGAGAACGUCCUACUCUGGAUGAACUAUAUCUGCCUAAUCGUUGCUUUGAUCAAGGAUAUUGGCAGGAAGUGGAGUUGGAAAUCUAAUUUAAAUUAUUUAACUUAACAGGCUCAGUGGGCCAACAGAGCAUGACAUGCUCAAAUCACGUGACGUCAGCCUCCAGAAGAACACUCACGUGGACAGCAGCCAUCGGGUCACGUGAUGACUUGAAUGAUCUUCUUGAAUUCAUCUGGUUUGAAGGAAAAAAAAGUCUACAAAUGAGAUGAGAAGAACUACGAAGAAUAAGUUGACGAGUUGUUACAUAUAAAAAGACUUCAGUAUCCUGGAGAUGAGAAAGCGGCCUACCAACUUCUCUCGAUGUCGAGUAAACUUGAUCCAAUACAGGAAAAAAAAUUUAGUAAUGAAGAGGUAUUUUAGUAUAACAACACGAGAAGCGUUUCUUGUGCUGCGCUUAAGGGCCCUGUCUGAGGGGCUAUUUUUUCCUAUCCAUAAAACUAAUCAUAGAACUAACCAGACAGCCUCUAUUGCUAGCCUUAUGAGAGCCCUGGUGAUCACGACAAAGAGCUACCUAAACAAAUGAAAUAAGCCUUCAGUUAAGUCAAUAAGACUUUUUGCAAAAGAAGAAUCAUUUACCGCUUAAGUUAGUCUCAAUAUUAAACAUUGAUAACUUGCAAGAAUCUACUUAAAAUUUUACAAUCAUCUCAGGCUUGUAAUUAACUUCUUUCAGCGAAUGGUGAUUUCAGAAAAAUGCUAAUCGCUUUGCGAUAUUCUCUAGUGCAUAAAAUAAGUGACAUUUUUACAACCUCGUUGUGCAUUUGUGAUUCACUUUCAGCCUGAUGAUUGAGCUCGCGGCCACAUGCCUCUGAAGUUUAACUUGCGUCAUUCAAUUGACGUUUCAAUAGGACUUUUAUGCCAAGGGUCCAAUCCAAUGUGUAAAUUUUCUGACAAUAUGGAGAGAUAAAUAAGGCUGUUAUUUAUAAACCACAGGUUACGAAAGACUUAGGGAAAUAAUAUAUAGCCAAAUUUGUGAGAAUUAUCAACGUUAUGUCAUAACUUCGUUAGGAGUUGGAGUAAGGGCCUAUGGCCAAAUUCAAAACUCUCUGCUUUAUCUCUUAUUUCGCAUGGUGUUGGUUAUUAUAAGGUUAGUUCUUCUUGUUGGGGUCAUCAGGAGCAAAGGACGUGCUUGCUUAGCAUAUCACGUGCUAUUUGUGCUUCUCUUCACGUGAUUUUCCCGAGGUUGCCACGUGUUGGGUGUUUUAUCCGAUUGUAUUUGGAAAGUCUCGGUUCGUUCCUUUGCUAUUGAACUGUUGUGGCAAAGAAUCUUUAGAGAUCUAGCGAAUAUAAAUUUUUCUGAUACGAUAUAGGCUGUGUUAGGCUCUUGGUCAGUGGAAACGAGCGAAAACGUAGGUGCGCAAAAAACGGCGGAGGUCUGGAAACAAAAAAUCCAGCCGAUUCCCUGUCAACAACGACCGCUGUCUGUAGUUUGCCGGCUCUUUAAUUCGCCUCCACUGAUUGCGGGCUUGUAACAAGCUACAUACGAUACUAGCCUGGCUUCUUUUCCUUGGCUCUGUAACUCCUUACAGUCGUUUUUAUUAAUCUGGCGGGUUUUUUGUCAAUAGCUUGUAUAAAGUUUUGGGGGCUUCCUUAUUUAAAUGAUCUUAAGCUUGCCUUAAAAUAAUAAAAUCUUGCCGAAGGAGUCUUCGGCUUUUUGACACAUUCGAUGGAACGAGUACCACUUGUCUCCUCCCUCCCUACCCUUCCAUCCCUCAAAUAGAUGUUGACGUCCUAAACGUUCUUUGGAGACUGAAAUUUAGAACCCAUUCCACCCGGAAAUAGCUCGUUCCAUCGAAUGUACUGCUGCGUUUUGAAGAUGCAACCAGCCUUUGACAUGUAGUGGCCAUUUUCUUUAUAAGACCCCGGUUUAAUGAACUUAGUACUUAUUGUAAUGUUUUGCAUCAAAAACAUUUGUGGCUCUUGGCCUCUCGGAGGGUUACUGUAAAAAGUCUCCUCUUAAAAUCUCUCACUCUGAUGAUAAUUAGUCACACUGCAGAAGAAUCACAUUUCACGGACAACGUAGCUUUUUCAUUAUGGCGGGGUAGGCCUUAUAGAUAUAUAUAUAUUUUUGUAAAUUUUUAUAUAAUUCGCCAGACAGUUUUCUAGAAAUCCUCAAUGGAGGCCAGAGGAAGUCGUUUGAAAAGAAAUUUAAUAUAUAGAACGAAAAAAUAAAUAUAUAUAUUUGCACCUUGAA